AUGGCCGAUCCCCUUGGCGCCGCUGCGAGUGUCAUUACCUUAGGGGAAUUUGCCUACAAGGUGUCCAAAAUCCGUGCCGAGGCCAAGGCUGCACCAGCUGAGUGGCAGAGAUAUCGAGAUGGUUUGCUUACAGUCGCCGGUAUUCAAGCUUGCCUUAAGAGUAUCAUUGACAAGUCACCGCAGGUUCGCAAGCUUACCAUCGAGGUUAACGGGAAACGCCAUGCGCUUGUGAACUACGUCAAUGAUUGUCUCUCUGGCAUCAGAGACGAUGCGUCUAUUUUGUUAGACAGAUUCGAGCAACUGAACGAUGAGGAGCCAAAGCCCAGCCCCAAGAAGCGACUUACACGUAGAGUGCUUUCAUACCGCUUUGUUUUCAAAAAACCCGACAUUUCUCGCCUCAUACAGACUGUGGAAAGUGCUCAGUCGUAUCUUCAAUCAUCGAUUGUCCUUGCACAUUUGUACAGCUCAGACGCAUGGCAACAAUCUGUCGGAGAAGUCCUAGACUCUAUAAAGAAGGACCUGGCGAGUCAGGGGGAAGGCCUUAGGAAACUUCAUGAGGAGAGUAAUCUCCGACACGCGAGCAUCGAAACUCGUCUUGAAUUUUUUGCUCAACUCCCCGACCUGAAGCCUAAAUUGCCAAAAUUGAGCAUCAUGUCACGAAAGCAUCACAAGAAAGAUUCUCCCCGUGCUGGGAGACACAAGGGCAAGAAUCCGGUGACGGCAGUACAUGCGAGCCUCUCUACAGCUGGCCCACUUCCAAGCGAGGCUGGGAUUUACAACGGUACUGAACCAACCACCCUCGGCUCUUCCUUACUCGUGGAUUCCAUACAGCAAGAAAUAAGCGACAAUGACAUGGAUGAUGCUUGCGAUGACAGCUCCAGCGAAGAUGAGCCCGUAUCGCAGCCGACGGUCAACCUAGGGGCCGGGCAAGAACGUGCCGGUGGUUCACGAGAAUGCUCCUAUGACCAUGUCAUCCGUGACGGGAAGCUAUUCCAAGUCCCAUCGGACACUGAGGGGAACCGGCCUGAGCGGCAUGUCGCGGAUGUCGUGGAGUCGAUGUCCGACAAAGAAUGGAACAACGUCAGGGAUGCUGAGCCGGAAGAGCUGGAACACUAUAUAACAUCAGCUCCCUGCACUGCUUGUCCUUCGGAUGUUGAAGUCGUGGACUAUGAGGGUCCGAUCGGGAUCGAGACAUAUCUUCAACACACGCUUGUCGAAAAUCCGCAUGCACCUGUUAGGAGCGCUUCCGAAAUAAAUCUAAGCUGUUCAUUUGUGGAAGAUGAAGGAGACUUGUCUGCGUCUGGAGCUGAAACCGAAAGGCCGGAGGUCGAUGCCGAGAAUGCUAGCGUUGGUAAUAGCGACAAUGAAGAAGAAGCAGAAGAAGCAGAAGAAGCAGAAGAAGCGGAAGAAGCAGAAGAAGCAGAAGAAGCAGAAGAAGCAGAAGAAGCAGGAGAAGCAGGAGAAGCAGGAGAAGCAGGAGAAGCGGAAGAAGGGGAAGAAGGGGAAGAAGGGGAAGAAGGGGAAUUCAUAAAUGGCCCCGGAUUUCGUAUCAAACGAGCACCAUCUGACGACCCACAGGUCUUUGCCCUAUUGAAAGCUGUCAUGCAGGGCGAUUCCUCUGAGGUCCCGAGGACGGUGGAUUGGGAUACCCUUCUCGAAUAUUUGCAUCUAGUGGAAAAGCAUAAGCAGGAACUCGGCGAUCAGCCCUUGGGGCAGGCCGAGCUUUGGACCCGUGCACUUCUAUCUCAGGUUCCAGAAGAAUUUAAUGAAGACGCCAUCGAGUGGCUCUGGGUCUUCUGGAAGUUGAGAAUGGGUCCAGAAUUCAAGAAACUAUCUGCGAUGGUUCAACAGCAGGCACGACAAAGUAUUGGCCAGAUGCAACUUGGUUCUCGCGCCAACCCGCUACCCACAGAGAUCAUCGAUGACAGGAGGAUGCUGGCGCUAUACCAAGUUAAAAACAGGAUAUUGCGGGAAACUGAGUGGCAGAGGAAACAGUACUUGAAGACCUUUGACGAAAGUCUCAUACAACCAAUGUUUGCUCCGCUUUCAGCCCUGCGGUCUUCACUAUCUUUUGGCUACCUCACUCUUGAGAGUAACAGAUGGUUCAACUACAGGCCUGCGGACGGAGACGUUGCAGAAUUUGAGGGUGUGAGCUUUUCAGAUGUCUGCAGCGAGGUUCAGUCGAUGAUAGACCUAGGCAGCUGGAUGAUCAGGUCAAAGCCGACAGCUGAAUAUAUGCCUAAACCAGUAGCCAUGCUGUCGGCGCUCAUUCCAGUGGUGGGUGUUCGCCUGCACACAGACGGUUUUUAUGGGGAGUUUCCCUCGGCUUUCCACGAGGAGCUUCUCGCUCUCAUCGCGACCAUGAAAAGGGCGGACUGGGGAAUCGACUUGUCAGCUGUCGAGUGA